CUGUCACCGUUUAACGCCCCACUUAACGGCUACAAACCCCUUCUCCGUCCUCUUACUAUAUAAAUAUCUUUAUCCGCCGCUCCGCCAUCUCCCGUUUUCCAUUCGCAGAGCAGAGCUUUCUCACAGAACAAAGCAAACGCUCUUUUCUCUGCUAAGCUCACUUCUCUUACUCUGCACUACCAGAUAUCCAUUUCCACCGGCGAAGAUGCGUGAGAUCCUCCACAUCCAGGGCGGCCAGUGCGGCAACCAGAUCGGAGCCAAGUUCUGGGAGGUCGUCUGCGCCGAGCACGAGAUCGACAGCACCGGGAGGUACCAGGGGAGCACCGAUAUCCAGCUCGAGCGGGUGAAUGUUUACUACAACGAGGCAAGCUGCGGGAGGUUCGUCCCUCGUGCGGUGCUCAUGGAUCUGGAGCCUGGCACCAUGGACAGCGUCAGAUCUGGUCCCUACGGACAGAUUUUCCGCCCUGACAACUUCGUCUUCGGCCAGUCCGGCGCCGGCAACAACUGGGCCAAGGGACACUACACCGAAGGCGCCGAGCUCAUCGACUCGGUCCUCGACGUCGUGAGGAAGGAGGCCGAGAACUGUGACUGCUUGCAAGGUUUCCAGGUGUGCCACUCUUUGGGAGGUGGUACUGGUUCAGGAAUGGGAACUCUCUUGAUCUCUAAGAUCAGGGAGGAGUACCCUGAUCGGAUGAUGCUCACUUUCUCCGUCUUCCCAUCUCCUAAGGUGUCUGAUACUGUUGUUGAGCCCUACAACGCGACCCUCUCGGUUCAUCAGCUCGUUGAGAACGCAGAUGAGUGCAUGGUUCUCGACAACGAGGCUCUGUACGACAUCUGCUUCCGCACGCUCAAGCUCACCACUCCUAGCUUUGGAGACCUGAACCACUUGAUCUCAGCAACCAUGAGUGGAGUCACCUGCUGUCUCCGUUUCCCCGGCCAGCUCAACUCCGACCUCCGGAAGCUCGCAGUCAACCUGAUCCCAUUCCCGCGGCUGCACUUCUUCAUGGUCGGGUUCGCUCCGCUCACAUCUCGUGGGUCGCAGCAGUACCGCGCAUUGACGGUCCCCGAGCUUGCCCAGCAGAUGUGGGACGCUAAGAACAUGAUGUGCGCCGCAGAUCCGCGCCACGGCAGGUACCUCACCGCCUCCGCCAUAUUCCGCGGCAAGAUGAGCACCAAGGAAGUCGACGAGCAGAUGAUCAACGUCCAGAACAAGAACUCGUCCUACUUCGUGGAGUGGAUCCCCAACAACGUGAAGUCCACCGUCUGUGACAUCCCUCCCACGGGUUUGCAGAUGGCUUCGACUUUCAUCGGCAACUCGACAUCGAUCCAGGAGAUGUUCCGCAGGGUGAGUGAGCAGUUCACUGCUAUGUUCAGGAGGAAGGCUUUCUUGCAUUGGUACACUGGUGAGGGUAUGGACGAGAUGGAGUUCACUGAAGCCGAGAGCAACAUGAAUGAUUUGGUUUCGGAGUAUCAGCAGUAUCAGGAUGCUACGGCUGAGGAGGAAGGGUAUGAGGAUUAUGAAGAGGAGGAGGAAGGUGUAGGGGAAGAGUACUAGUCCUGGUUUGAUGUUAUUCGUAGCUGUAUUUUCCUUUUUCCCUUUGUUUUGCUACAAUAUCCUGUCGCGCUUCUGUCCGUUGCUCUGAUUUUGAUGCUUUCAUUUCCUAAGAAUUCCUAGCUUGGGGAUUUAUCUCUUCUGUAGAAUCAAUGCUCUUCAUGCUUUGUGGUUAACCGAUUAUGAAACUCUAGCGGCAAGACUUUCUGUACGUUACUAAAGUAAGCGUUUCUUUUGA